AUGGCGUUGUACCCGAACAUCUACACGAUCCCUGGCCGUCUGAACUACAACGAGGACAAGGUCGUGCGCCAAAUGGAGGCCCCGAUCGCCUACAAGCUGGUCCUGUGUCGUAUGCAGAACUACAGUGUGACGCCGUUGGCACCGGAGGUCAUGAAUGUGCGGUUGUAUCGGACCAAGGUGGAGGAGGCUGACUCGCACAGCGUGACCACCCGCUUACAGCGCAUUUUCAUGCAUGCAGUGGUGCGUCAGCUUGACCAGGAUGGCAGUGGCUCGCGCUCGCAGUACGACGUGUACCCGUGCCCUGAGCGCUCACCUAUGGAUGCGCUGAUCGCUUUGGACGUUAGCCUGGCCAAACCGCUCGUGAAGCAGUCAUCUCUGCUGACCAAGAGCAGCCACGUGUUCCUGAACAUCCUGCCUCAGGCAAUCGUUGACCCCCAGUACCUGGAGGGGGUGGCUCGCAUUCUGGCGUACCGUUACGCCGAGCGCCUAGAGAAGUUGGGCGUGUCGACGGUGGAGCUCAAGAUCAUUGAGCGUUUCAACAGCGAGGCCCCGGUAAUCUCUGUGCGUCUCGUUGUCGAGAACCCAACUGGCAACGUGGUGCGCACCCACGGCGAUAUUGACGGCAUGCCUGUCACGACGCCGUACCCGGUCGUCUCCCCCUUCGACAAGAAGCGUCAGGUGCCUAAGGCGAUGUUCAGCACGAUGUACGUGUACGACUUCCUGGAGCACAUCGAGCACAAUCUGCUGCGCCAGUGGUCUGAUUCUGGACGCGACGGGCAAGGACAUCACGGAGACCACGCGCCCUCGUGGCCACAACGACAUCGGUAUGGUGGCGUGACUGCUGACAGGGGCAGAUGA